AUGUACAUCCAGAAGACCAUUCUCGAUGCAGGGGACACAACACAGCUUGUGAAGAAGUAUGAUGAGGUUUCAAUCGAGUACACAGGGUGGAUCUUCGACCCAAGUAAACCAGAUGGAAAGGGUUGCCAGUUCGAUACCUCAUUAGAAAGAGGCGAUGCCGUCACAGUGAUCGGUGCGGGACGUCUCCUCAAGGGCGAUUACACGCCUGAAGAUCCAAGUGAUUCGGUGCGCCCCAUGGCAUUGUACGAAAAGGCCAGGUUCACGCUUCCUCAUACGUAUGGCUAUGGCUCCAAGGGCAUUCGUGGGCUUGUACCCGAGAAGGCGACAUUGGUCUAUGAAUUGAAGGUCAAUAGAAUCGGCCCACAAAGGGCACCAUAAAUGGCUGCCACACCGCCGUCGGAAGACCGCCUUCAACAGGCAUGCCAAGGCGUCGCCGUCACCGUUUUCAUUAUCGUCGUUGAGGUCAGCACAAGACUGAAACGCAGGACCUCAGGCACACAGUCACAUUGCGAGAUUAUACUGCGGGCUACUACCUCCAGGUUUUUUUCAGUUCGAUACCCCAAACAUUGCAAAAGUCAUUCAUUGCAAUACUUUAUUAAAAGCAACCAAUAAUAUUUCAGAAUUUAAGAUAUCCAUCUAAACCACAAUCAG